UUUACAGCUCGAGUGGAAGGGUUGUAAAAUGCGUUGACCGAAUUAACAGAAAUACUUCUAUAGAAAUCCAUAAAUUAGUGAUAAUUUUCUAAACUAUGCCAGAAAAUAAGAACUUAGUCAUUUGUUAUAACCGCGGUUGUGGUCAGCAUUUCGAUCCGAACAUCAACGAUAAAGACGAAUGCUGUCACCAUCCUGGCGCUCCAGUAUUCCAUGAUGCUUACAAAGGAUGGUCUUGUUGCAACAAGAAAAGUGUGGAUUUUACUGAAUUCCUCAACAUCAAGGGAUGUACAGUCUCAAAACAUUCUAACGUGAAACCACCAGAACCAGAGAAAAAGGUGCUAGAUAGUGAAUUGGAAAAGAAGGAAGUGAUAGAAGUCAGAGCACCAAUUAUUGGACCCCAGCUAACCAGACCCCCAUUUGAAUCUCCAACAGUCACCUUAGAAGCUUGCAUAGCAGAUUCUUUAAAGGAAAACCUACAAAAAGCAUCACAGCCGGCAGUGGCAGCAUCUGAUGGGAAUCAAUUAGUAAAAAUCGGAACAAUUUGUAAGAAUGGAGGAUGCAACACACCUUACGAAGGGCCAGAGAGUAACAGCACCAUGUGUACAUAUCAUCCAGGCUGCCCUGUUUUUCACGAAGGGCUGAAAUUUUGGACCUGCUGCCAGAAAAGAACCACAGAUUUUGACACCUUCCUUAGUCAACCUGGAUGCACUACAGGCACUCAUAAAUGGGUUAAAGAGAGUGCGCCGGCUGGAACAGUGAAGUGUCGCUGGGACUGGCAUCAAACGCCGGAAUAUGUGAUAAUCAGUGUAUAUGCCAAGAAGUAUGACCCAUUCACCAGUUAUAUUAAAAUAAACCCUAUUCGCCUUAAUACAAAGUUGGUUUUUCAUGAAGAAGGAAAUGCAGUGUUUGAAAUUGAUUUUGAGCUAAGAGGAGUAAUCGAUAUAAGUAAAAGCAGUGCAUCAAUGAUGCCCUCUAAAGUGGAAAUAAAGUUGAAGAAAGGAGAGCCGGGCGCUUGGAGCAAGCUGGACUUCCCAAGAAAAUCUGAACCCCAGCAAGAACCCCAGAAACCUCAGGAUGAGCAGCCUGAUGACGAUUCUGUAGACUUAUCUACCGUCGAAGCCAUACAGUCUAUGGGAAAAGUUAACGUCACCGGUUGAUACAUUUAUUAUGACAUAGUUUCCCAUUUUCGACAAUGUCAAAUCAUCAAUGUGUUCUUUAUAACAUAGGUCACGUUUGUUUUGUACUACCGAAUGAAAUGAUCGCUUUCUUAUAAG